GAAGAAGUAGCAUUAGCGGCUAGCAUACCCACUUUCUUCGCCAACUAGCUACCUCUAACCUACAAAGGCAUGCCAAAGAAAGACCCGUGUCAAAAGCAAGCGUGUGCCAUUCAGAAGUGUUUACAAGCUAAUAAAUACGUGGAGAGCAUGUGUGAGGAUGUGAUCAGGGCGAUGCGGCGGUGCUGUGAGACGCAUUCAGCCAACUCCAUCUGCUGCUCCGGCUUCAAGGACUCAAAACCUGAAAAAGGAGAGCAAAAUUGACACAUAAUAACCUCUUGUGGGUGUAUUUAACUGGAAACAGUGUCAGAAAGACACAUUGCAUAAAUGCUGUAAUGACUGUGUAACUACGUGUGUACAAGACUGAACAAACAACAAGUUCCAUGUUUUUCUUUUUGUUCCUUUAGUUGCAUGUUUAUGGAAGCCCAUUUCGGCCAAAGUAAUGAAAAAAAUAUGCAAGUCAUUAUAAUGAGGAACUUUCUCAAAAUAAUGAGAAACUAUCUCUAAAAUAAUGAGAAACUAUCUCUAAAAUAAUGACAAAAUAUCUAAAAAAUAAUGAAAAAAUAUCUAAAAAAUAAUGAGAAACUAUCUCAAAUCAUGAUGUAGUAACUGAAAACUCAGGUUUUAAGGGGUGUGAGCAUUGAUUUGUGACACCCUGGUUCAAUUUUCAACUUAAACAAGUGUAAUAUGUAAAUUUGGAGCUUCCCGGAAACAUUUUGUGUCCAGCAGUUAAAUUGUUGAGGUGAAAUAUAUGUUUUUACAUUGCUAUAUAUUCUGUAAUUUUUCAUGAGGGAGAAAUAGUAAAGGCCACUUUAAAGAUUUUAACAAGAUACUUUGACUUUUUUGUGACACGCUAUUCUUCAAAGUAGAGUAUUUUACAUACAUAUUAAAACAUGUCUGGAGGAGAAUUUUAAAGCAACUGGAAGGCCGAUUCCACAAUGGCCUUCUAACUAUGCAUAAUACAUGAUUACAUAAUAAUAAGCAUCUAAAAAGUAAAUUGAUUUUAAUCCAAAUUUGAAAUAUUGUCAUUUAAGUUUUUAUAAACUUUCUUGAUAUUGGGUUUGAACUGGGUAUGGUUAUGCUUGGACAUUUAUUAUAAUAAUUAUGCAAUAAAUUCUGUGAACCAGAAAUAAAAUAAAAUUGGGAGAAUAUGAUGUUCUAAAAAGCAUUAGAAAUAUAUAGUUUAUAUAAUGUUUAACUGUCUGUCCUGGCAGGUAUGUCAGUUUUAAGAGUAGGAGGCAACACACACACCACCUAACUUGUCUCUCUAAUUUUCCCCAAAGAUCUAACUCCAAAGAAAAAGCAUGUCCACAAGAGGGUGUAUUAGUUUUUACAUGUCAUUGCAGGAAAGGCACAAGUGUUAUCAGUAAUAUCAUGACCCACCUAUGUGAAGUGUAACCCUUUAUAAAUGUAUUCGCUCUGCCUGUGUUUGAUGAGUGAAAAUUAAAUUCCUCUCACAACAAAAGUUUUAACAUUAUAAGCUGACAAGAGAAGCAUUUAUUUAAAAAGUGGUCUUGUUGUGUGCGUGCCUCGUUAUAAAGUACGUGGAACUCUUGUUUGUACAUGUCAGCGUUAAGCUACCAACACAGUCAUAUUGCAGAUGUGACUUGCCGAAAGCCCUGCACAUACCUUUAAUGUGAAAAAUCAAUAAAGAGUUGGUUUUCACCAUGA